AUGAUUGAGAACUGGCCGGAUGAUCUUGACUUAGGAAUUUUGCAUCAUCAUGGAAUUAUUGGCUUAAUUAAUUCGAUUCUUUCAGAAUCUGAAGCUAUCGAGGAUGUUCAUGAGCUGAUUACUUUUGCAAUUGAUUGUAUAACUUUGAUGCUUCAAAAACAUUUUAUUCCUGAAAUUAAUUUUGAUCAAAUUAUUUUUUAUACAUUUAAUGGAACUACUGAUCUACAAAAGUCAUCUUUCAAUCUAUUAGCAGAAUUGUUCAAUCAAAUACCUGAAUUAUAUCAAACACUUAUUACUAAUGAAUAUUUUCAUGAAAUAUUUGAAUAUAUCAAGACAAAGGCUAUAUCUGAAGUUAAAGAGCACUUUGUUACAUUUUUAUUUAACUAUCUUAGCAGUUUAGAACCUCAGGAAAUUAA